AUGAACCCCUAUGCAACCCCAAUCGUAACCUUCAGCCUCAUCCUAGGCACAACGAUCACAAUCUCCAGCAACCACUGAAUUAUGGCCUGAACCGGGCUGGAGAUCAACACACUAGCCAUCAUUCCCCUAAUCGCCAAAUCCCACCACCCACGAGCAGUAGAAGCUGCAACAAAGUACUUCCUAACCCAAGCAGCUGCCUCCGCCCUAGUACUGUUCUCCAGCAUAACCAAUGCCUGGGUCACCGGCCAAUGGGACAUUACACAAAUAAAUCACCCCACCUCCUGCCUGCUACUAACAGCAGCAAUCGCCAUCAAAUUAGGCCUGGUCCCAUUCCACUUCUGAUUCCCAGAAGUACUGCAAGGGUCCCCACUAAUAACAGCCCUCCUACUCUCGACCCUCAUAAAAUUCCCCCCUCUAACUCUACUCCUACUAACAUCCAAAUCCCUCAACCCAGCCCUGCUCACCACCAUAGCCCUAGCCUCAGCAGCGCUGGGAGGCUGAAUAGGACUAAAUCAAACACAAACGCGCAAAAUCCUAGCCUUCUCAUCCAUCUCCCACCUAGGCUGAAUCGCCAUUAUCCUGGUCUACAGCCCUAAACUAGCCCUACUCACCUUCUACCUCUACGCAAUCAUAACAUCAGCCGUAUUCAUAGCCCUCAACAAAAUCAAAGCUCUCAACCUAACCAUGAUCCUAACCUCAUGAGCAAAGACCCCAGUACUAAACGCCACCCUAAUACUAGUACUCUUAUCCCUAGCCGGCCUCCCCCCACUAACAGGCUUCAUGCCAAAAUGAUUCAUUAUCCAAGAGCUGACCAAACAAGAAAUAACACCAGCAGCCAUGGCAAUCGCCAUACUGUCACUACUCAGCCUCUUCUUCUAUCUACGCCUCGCAUACCACUCAACAAUCACUCUUCCCCCUAACUCCUCCAACCACAUAAAACAAUGAUACACUAGCAAAAGCCCAAGCACGCCCACCGCGAUCCUCGCCUCACUAUCAAUCUUCCUACUCCCCCUCUCCCCCAUGAUACACGCCAUUGUCU